AUGUUUCAAGCUAUAAGCGACAAUUUUACCAGAAGCACGGGGACUGAAAGUCUCGUUCCCAUAGAAACCAUUAUCCAUGCCAACAGCAUAGACUUGCUACAGGUGGUGGUACAGAGACGCGAGAGACAUUACGCCUGGCAUAAAUACAUCUACAUGCCUUACGAUUUCAAAAUCAAAAAUCUUUUGGUAAAUUACAAAAAGAAGAUGAAGACUAAGAAAAAGACAUCGAAUUUCUGCAGAUGGAGCAGAGAAAUAGAACUCUCACUUAGUGGGAAGUUUGGACGAGCCAUACUGAAUGACUUGGGUGACAAAAGCCUCUCUCAGAAGGACAAAGUCAGGAUAGAAGCAAAUGUAGGAGAGACAGAAAUGGACAAAAUUGACCCUAAUAAAAUAUACAGAAAACUUGUUGGAAGGAAACUCAACUUGGAUCAUCCCUGGGUCCAUCAGGUAUGUCAAGACAAGAAAAAUGUCAUCUGUGUUGUCCAGUCCAUCGUCAAACUGGCCGGAGAUGCUGAAAUAAAAACUACUUCAAUCAAACGGAAGUCUGGCGAAGAAGAAACAUCGGACAAGAGUAAAGAUCUCGGACUUGUGUGCGGCACUCCUAUAGCGUAUAAAGUGAUGCCUCUCCAGAUUGGGGUUCCCUCCGGUGUCGUCGUACCGUGUAUGGGGAUCGGAGUCAAAGGUGGAUUCAAGGAGGACUCAAGGAUGCUGGGAGUACCACCCGAUGGGACAAUCGAUGACUCGUAUGAAAGUGUUGAUGAAGAUGAAGAAGAAGUUAAACCCUCUCAAUCAGAGCCGGAACCACAACCGGAACCACAACAGGAACCGGAAACUACUGCUCCAAUAGAAGAAGUUGUGCAGACAAAUGAAGGUGAGGCUAUACAGCCACCCGUAGAAACGUUAACAGGGGGAGAUAACUCAAAUGACUCCUUACCAUUACCGUCAGCUCCACCGAUGCUGCCACCUGACGGAACUGUUUAUCCGUCAAUUGGGGAGCCUCCAGAUGGCGAUCUACCUCCCUAUCCUUUAGUUAAUACCAUGCCGGGACCUGCUGAUGUUUCGGACGAAGUACAGGCCAACUUGAUACAGGAAUUUUCUUCUAAACACGUAGAUUAG